CUGCGAAAGCGGUCUAUAUCUAGUUUCUCCUUUGUCUUUCAUUGGAUCUUCACUAGUGUAAGUUUCAGAUUCAGGCAAAGGCGCUGUUUAAAAAUUUCGCGAUCCUCGCCAAUCUGUGGUACCGGUCGCAAUUCGGUGCCUCGGGAGCAGCUGAACGAGAACACAGCAUUUGUUGACGCUUCGCCGCUAUACGGAUCAUCGUCCAAAGAUUUGCAUAAAUUCCGUGAUGGUAGAACUGGUUUUCUCCGAAUGAACCGUUUCAACAACCAAUUGGUGCUGCCAUUCGAUCAGUCAAAAUGCAGGUCGCCUGCAAAAUGUACAGCAACGUUUACAGCUGGUGAUAUUCGUGUUAACUUAUUCAUCGGCCUAUCAUCAAUGCACAUUUUAUUCACUCGUGAACAUAAC